AAUGCAACGAGCCUAGUGAAAGUAUCACUGCCAAAAUGGCAUGCCACACCCGUUCCAAAGUCGUCGGUCAAGUCGAGGUCGGCGCGCAAUGCAGUUUGCCUCUGGCUCACAAGUCUGUCGGGUGCUCGUUCAAAGCAGAGAGCGAGUCUCGGAGCGUGCAGACUACGGAGACUGUGGAACAGUUAAGCACCAGCUCAGUAUCGAGGCCUUCCAUUUCUCGAUCAAGUGCCACAUGUGACAACUCAAAGCAAGAAUGUCUCCACCGAUGUCACCUCUGUGAAUAUGAGACUGAUAAACUGUUUCUUCUGGAAGCACAUGCCAGCGUCCACACUGGCGAGAAGCCAUUUCAGUGCCCUUCAUGCCUUCGGAGCUUCUCACGAAAGACCAACCUGAAAGAGCACCUGCGCACACACACAGGCGAGAAGCCAUUUGAGUGCCCUUCAUGCUCUAUGAGCUUCUCAAAAAGAGACACCCUAAACGUUCACCUGCGCACCCACACGGGUGAGAAGCCAUUUCAAUGCCCUUCAUGCCCUCAGAGUUUCUCACAGAAGGCCAACCUUAUGAAACACCUGUGCACCCACACAGGCAAGAAGCAAUAUGAGUGCCCGUCAUGCUCUCAGAGCUUCUCAAAAAGAGACACCCUAAACGUUCACCUGCGCACCCACGCAGAAGGUCAACUUUAUGAAACACCUGUGCACCCGCAUAGGCGAGAAGCCAUAUCAGUGUUCUUCAUGCUCUCGGAGCUUCUCCCUGAAAUCCACUCUUAG